AGUUCAGCACACAUAUUGACAUCAAUUUCCUCAUCGACAGGCUACACAAUCAGGGAUCGAUUUACUCACAAUGUCUCAAGAAGUCAUCGGCACAACAAUUAUAAAGAAAACACACAUCAAACACCUGGAGCAUGAGCAUGAGCUUGAGCUAAAAAAUUAUCAAAAGCCAUACAAGUGUGAUGGAUGCAAGGAGCAUGGUUAUGGAUCAAGAUAUAGAUGUGAGCUUUGCGACUAUGAUCUCCAUGAGGAAUGCACGUUCACCUCCCCCAAAACUGACCAUGAGUUCUUCAAGGAAUCCACCUUCAAAUUCUACAAUCAACCACCAGGAAAAUGCUGUAUGAGAAACUGUGACAACUGCAGAAGGUAUUGUGAUGCAUGUGGAAAGGCUAUAAAUGGCUUUGUUUACCACUGUGAAGCAAAGGGCUGGGAUUUACAUCCAUGUUGUCGCAACCUCAAAAAUAAAAUUUACGUUGAUGGUGAGAAAUUCCGUCUUAGCGAUAAGGCGUCAAAGAAAUGCAUAUGGUGCAAGAAGAAGAAGCUUCCAAAUAGUGCCAAGGGUAUCCCAGGCUGGUCUUAUGUGUCAAAGAGUGAGAAUUACCAUUUUCAUGUGUAUUGCGCAAUGGAAAUGGUCCUUGAGAGCUGGAACAAUAGGCCUAAAGAUGAUAAUAAAUGUUUGGCAUUGGAGAACUUGGAGCUACCACUUCAACGUAAUUCAAGUGGAAGUAGUGGAAAAGGUAGCAAGUAUUUGCGGAUUGUGAAGAUAUUCCUUAGGACCAUUGUAACCAUUCUUUUAGGGGAUCCCACCUUAACUUUGGCUGGCCUCCUAGUGGAACUGGUGUCUAAGUGAUCCUCAGGGUACCACAGCUAGUGCUCGAGAUAUUAGAAAGGAUUUGUUUCUUCUGUGUUUAAUGGGGUUGUUUGAUGUUGCUUGGGCUUUAGGAAAAUUUCAUUGAUUGUAAUGUUAUUUGUA